CCCCCCACGGGCUGAGACAAGAGAACUGUUGUUAACUUGGCAGUCGGAGUCGCGGCGGCCCAGCGGAGCGGCGAAGUUUAUCAUUCCAGGAACUCGCUAAGCGAGGGAAAUAGCCAGCAGCGAGCAGACAGAAACCGCCCCACGCUCUGAUGUUCUAAGUUGAGGUUUUAAUUCGGACUGAACUCCUUUCCGGGUUUCUGGGCUGCCUCGGUUUUGAUCCUGACGCCACGGCAACAAGUCCCACUGGAUCCCCGAAACAAACCGAGCGCUCGGCGACUCGCCUCCAAAGACCUGUGCCGGCACCGCCCGGGUUGGCCUCCACAACUAUUUUGCCUGUGUUGUGAGCCUUGCUGAGACAUCAUGUCGCAUCCUACUGCUCCCCCAGGCUACGACGAUCGGAACCCCCUCUAUCCUCCGCCAGCAGGGGGCUACCCUGGAUCGUACCCCCAGCCUCCGCCGUAUAGUGGUGGAUAUCCACAGCCCGGGGGCUACCCACAGCCCGGGGGCUACCCACAGCCCGGGGGCUACCCACAGCCCAGAGGCUACCCACAGCCAGUUCCUCCGAUGCCUACAGUGCCAAUGAACUUUGGCGACAGCUAUGUCAGUGACGGCACAGGGGAUGGGGCUUUCCACGUGGCAGACUGGGAUGAUAAGAAAGUCAGGCACACUUUCAUCCGCAAGGUCUACAGCAUUAUCUCAGUGCAGCUGCUCCUGACGGUAGCUAUCAUUGCAAUCUUCACCUUUGUUGAACCAGUGAACCUCUUUGUGCGGAGGAAUGUUGCUGUGUACUAUACAUCUUAUGGUGUAUUCCUGGUCACUUACCUGGUGCUGGUGUGUUGUGAAGGCCCACGGAGACGCUUUCCAUGGAAUCUCAUCCUUCUCUUUGUCUUUACGCUGGCCAUGGGAUUCAUGACAGGCACCAUUGCUAGCAUGUACCAAACAAAGGCUGUUCUACUUGCCAUGUUAAUCACAGCUAUCGUCUCCAUCGUUGUCACCGUCUUCUGCUUCCAGACAAAGGUGGAUUUCACAUCCUGCGCUGGCUUGUUCUGUGUCCUGGGCAUUGUCGUGAUGGUGACUGGGAUCAUCACAGCCAUUGUCCUGUCCUUCAAAUAUGUCUAUUGGCUCCACAUGCUGUAUGCAGCCAUUGGUGCAAUCGUCUUCACCCUGUUUCUUGCAUAUGACACCCAGUUGGUGCUGGGCAAUAGGAAACACACCAUCAGCCCUGAGGAAUACGUCUAUGGAGCGCUCAAGAUUUACACGGACAUCGUCUACAUCUUCACCUUCCUCUUGCAAAUUGUGGGAAGCAGAGAUUAAGAGAUGGAGUCCCUGCUCAUCUCUCUGGACUUUUGGCAACCUUCCCUAGAACUUUAGGGGAGCAUGACUUUCUGAAUUUAGUGUUCGGCUGCAUUGGUCUCACUUCUGGUGCAUGUAUAGAAGCUACUAGGAGAUCCACAUAGCGGACAGAGAUACAGAUUCAAGUGGGAGACCUUAUAUUGUACACAAUGUAGAUACUGAUCCUAACCUGCAAGAUGCCUUUUGUUUCUCUAUUUCCACCUGGGGAGCCCCCCCUUCUUGUAUCUAGUGCCCUGGGUACAUGAAUAUGUAGUGUGUAUGUUACCACUUCGGUGGGAUGUAUCCUACUCCUUUCAACUUAUCUCUUAUUUGUAUUUUUGUCAGCAUACUUACCCAAAAUGUAGAUUGCACUUCCAAUUAGGAAAUCCAAAGCUCCAUUACAUAGCUGCAAAUAAAUAUAUAUAUAUUUUUGAA